AUGACUGUCAACCCUAUUAAUGACAAAAUCCUGGAGCUCGGUUCCAUUCGCAACACUAUCUUCCGAUCGCCAGUCACGCCAGGCUUGGACAUCAGCGGUAGCAUCGUAGGGGUUGGCUAUAAAGCCAAUCCGUUCCAGAUUGGCGACAUCAUUUUCGGCUCUUGCAAUGGUGUCUUUGGUCAUGGUGCACUUGCCCAAUACGUUCAAGUCUCGCAAGACAUCCUCGUAUUAGCACCUGAAGGCACAACAACGCUGCAAGCUAUUAGACCGUACGUCAAAGCAGGAGACAAAAUUUUCAUCAAUGGAGGGUCUGAGGGUACUGGUGUUCUGGAAAUCCAGAUUGCGGAAGUGCUGGGCUGUCAUGUUGCGACGUCUUGUUCCACCGCGAAUGUUGACUUGUGCAAGAGCACGGGCGCGGACGAGGCCUUGGAUCAAAAAGAAGCCGAUAUCAUGAAGCAGCUGAAUGGGCAGAGGAGUUCUUCCCACCUUAUUCUCGCUAAUCUCGUUGGUAUUAUGAUGCUUCCUGGUUUUAUUGGAGGUGGUAAAGAUACAUACACAUUCGCCGUAACAAAACCGAACCGAGCCUACUUCAAUCAGCUCGCGGCAUGGGUAGAAAAAGGGAAAAUCUGUGCAGUUGUUGACUCAGUUCACGAGUUCAGCGCCGCUUCCGAGGCGUUCGCUAAACUCAAAGCUGGUAGAACCCAUGGAAAGUUGUAG